AAAACCUCAGUGUGUCUCGAGCAGCGGGAGGGGGAGGGUGUAUGCCUCGUCUGCUGCUCAUAUAACACUGACUUGUACGCUUUGGAGGUUGGGUAGCUGAGUGUCCCUUUACUCCUUUCCACGGUGCAGUGUGGCGUUAGAGUGCCGGACGGGGAGAGUAGUAGAGAAAGGUGGGAAAGGCACCAGAGAAAAAUAACAGGGAAUGCUUUUGUAAGAAUCGUAUCCUGUCGUGGCGUCCCUUCGCAUCCUGUAGGACACACACACACACACACACACACACACACACACACACACACACACACACACACACACACACACACACACACAAGGCCGAGUUGAUUGUGUUAAGCUGUAAAAACUGAAGGAAUAGUGAAAAAAAAUAUAUAAGUGACUCCUUCUACUAACAAGUAAAUCCCAAGGAGGGUUCCUGUACAAAAAUAUUGAAGAAAAGUGAAGUAGUUAAGAAUUGAUCAUAACGUAGAAGACAGUGAAUGAAGAAGGGAAGUUACAGAUACAAAGGUAAAGAAAGAGGAGAUCAGGAAGGAAAAAAUAUAUAUAUACUGAAAGCAGAAAGUAAUAAAAAGAUAAAUAAGGAGAAAACUAGAAAGAGACGAUAAUUGAAAGCCAGACAAGACAACUGACACAAAGAAAGGAAUAAACAAAACAAAAACAUACGCAGAUAAAGAAAGAAAAAACACAAAAAGAAGCUAGAUAAAAAAAAAGAAGAAGAAGAAGAAGAAGGAAAUAAAAACUAUCAUUGCAGCACCACAGCAUCAAGAUAGUGCUGAGUAUGCUGACCUAGUGACAACCAACACACACUAACACACAAACGCACGCACAUCUACCCAUCUACACCACCCACACACACACAUAUGCCCCCUCACCACCACUAGAGAAAGCCAGCGUCACUUAGGCUACCCGGGGAAUCUCCAAGGGAAUAGGGCACCAUGGCGGAGGCUCGCAGUGCAGUGGCCACGCCCAGGGUACAGAAGAAGGACCUGGGCACCACUGACUCCUUCGACGACCUGGUAAAGUCGUACCGGCAGAUGAUCAUAAGGAAUUAUUUCAGAUUUAGAAACUCUAUACGAAACGGAGUCUGGCCCACUUCCACUAACAAUCUGGGCGUGGCUUGUGGGUUCUCACUGUAUUUGCUGGAGUACGAGCCAGCCUCCGCCCACGCCCUCACCGCCCACCUGAAACAAGCCGUGGCCGCCCUCCCUCUGCCCUCUAGAACUCCAAAAUGGCUGGCCAAUUUGGUGGGAUCGGUGGGCCUCUCCUUCGUGUUCUUCGUGAUCCUGAUGAAGGUGCGGCAAUACCUCCUCAGGAUCCUGCUGGCCUACCGCGGCUGGAUGUACGAGAACGUGAGGGAAGUGUCUUGGAAGAACAAGCUCUGGGGACUGACAGUCAAGUUUGUGUCUGGGUACCAGCCUUCCCUGUACUCCUGCCAGCGCUCCCUCCCCCGCAUGCCUGUCCCUGCCAUCGAUGAGACCCUCAGCAAGCUGCUGGAUAGCCUGAAGCCGCUGUGCUCAGAGGAAGAGUUCAAGGAUUACAGCAAGCAGGCACAGGACUUUGAGUGCAGCAUUGGGCCUCGUCUGCAGCGCCUCCUCUACCUCAAGUCGUGGUGGGCACCCAACUAUGUCUCGGACUGGUGGGAGAAAUAUGUUUACUUGAUGUCCCGAUGUCCUCUAGUGAUCAACUCAAACUACUAUGCCCUGGAUCACUACAUCUGGACCCCAACCUCCAGGCAGGUAUCAAGAGCAGCUAACGUGGUGCACUCCAUCCUGAGCAUCAAGCGACAGAUCGACCGCGAGGAGCUGCAGCCGCUGUUACUGAGGAACACCAUCCCUAUUUGCAUGGCCCAGUAUGAGCGCCUCUUCUCCACUGUGCGAGUUCCUGGUGAAGAGAUUGAUGAGCUUCUUCACUUUGAUUCCCGGGAGUCGCGUCACAUUGUGGUGUGGCGCCAGGGUCUCUUCUACCAGCUGGGUAUCUAUGAUGACAAGAACCAGCUGCUGUCUGUCACUGUGCUGGAGAAGUUCUUCCAGGAUAUUAUUGAUGAUGCUAACAAACACAAAGAGAGUGUGAGUGAGAGCGAACGCAGCGUUGCCGCUCUCACUGGUCUCCCCAGGACGGAGUGGGCACGAAUCCUGAGAGAAAACUUUAAGUCAGGCAUUAACAAAGACAACAUGGAUCUUAUCAACAAGGCAGUUUGCAUGGUGGUUUUGUGUGAUAAAGUUCCUGAGAAUCUGUCCGAGAAAGGCAAGAUGCUCCUUCACUCUGACGGACGCACAUUGUGGUGUGAUAAGAGUGUCAAUGUAUUCUUCUUCCCGGAUGGUCAGUGUGGCCUCAAUGUGGAGCACUCCAUGGCCGACGCUCCUGUCAUGGGCCACGUCUGGGAGUACGCAAUGACCAUGGAAGUGAUUGAGAGGAGAUACUUGGACAGCGGACAGGUCAUGCCUCCACCCAAGUCCUUCAAGCCUGGCAAUGUGACACACCCUCGGAGAAUCAUCUGGGACAUCACCGACUCCCUGGAGAAGCAGAUCAACAAAGCAUAUGCCUUCAAUCAAAAGAACAAUGACGACUUGGACCUCGUCAUCCGGGAACACACAAAGUUCGGGAAGGGAGUGAUUAAGAAAGCCAAAAUCAGCCCAGAUGCCUUCAUUCAGAUCUCCCUCCAGCUGGCCUACUACCGACACACUGGCAGGUUCUGCCAGACAUAUGAGGCGUCAGCAACACGGCUCUACCAGAAUGGCCGAACAGAGACUGUCCGAUCCUGCACCGAGGAAUCAUCAGCCUUUGUCCGGGCCAUGGUGAGCAGCAAGAUGUCCAAGGAGGAGCUGCUGCAGAUGCUGAGGGUGGCAGGCAUCAGGCACCAAAAGCUAUACCGGGAUGCCAUGAAUGGACUCGGCAUCGACCGCCACCUCUUUGCUCUCUUUGUCGUCUCCAAGGGCUUAGGCUAUGAGAGUCAGUUCCUGGAGUCUGUGAUGAGACGCCCAUGGACUCUCUCUACCUCGCAGCAGCCACAGCAGCAGAUCCAGGCCAACACUCCAGACAUCAACCUAGAACCAUUCAGAAAAAUGUGUUCGCCCGGCGGAGGGUUUGGGCCGGUGUCUGAUGAGGGAUACGGAGUGUCCUACAUGCUGCCCACUGAGUACAACAUCUUCUUCCACGUCUCCUCGAAGCGUUCCUGUCCCUCCACCGACUCGAGCAAGUUUGCCGACCUGAUAUUCAAGAGCAUGGAUGAUAUUAGGCUUCUAUUUGACAACUCGCAGCUCGACUCAUAAUGCAGACUGUUAGAUUAGUUCGGGUUUUAUCAGAUUAUUCCAUAUUACUUUCCAGUGAACUGUGUGUAUAUGUAUGGCAUUGAUGUGUUCAUUAAGUGUAAAGAAUGUUUUCCUCUCUUUCACUGAAGCAAGAAGAGCAAUACUGUUUUUAUUCUUUUAAGUUAUUUAUAGUCUUUGAGAUUAUAUGAAUUUUAUCUUGAGUAACUUUUAAAUCAUGUUGUUCUAUAUAAAUCUUAUUAGAGGGAACUUCAAUAUUGUGUACAAGAUAUAUAUUAGGGUAAUACUCCACAGUGUGUGCGUGUGUGUGUGCGUGUAUUGAGUCUUUCAUAAGUUUGUGUAUUUGUGCUUGACAAAUGCAGUCGUCUCUCUUCAGCCAUGGAAUUUUAACUGCAGCUUGAAGUGUGUUAGAUUUGUACUCAGUACAAUACCAACUUCCAGCAGCAGUGUGAUAUACCAAGUAUCUAAAUCUGCACUGUGAAGCAGCACAAAAGAACAAUAUUAAGUGUGCCCACUCCAGCAGUGCUACUCCCCUAGUAAGACUGAUGCUGUGACUAUAAGUAACACACUGCAGAAGACAAGUGACACCAGGAUGACGUCAGUUUGAAUCCUGAUGCCCAUGUAUGUGUGUGUGUGUGUGUGUGUGUGUGUGUGUGUGUGUGUGUGUGUGUGUGUGUGUGUGUGUGUGUGUGUGUGUGUGUGUGUGUGUGUGUGAUCAACAGCAUCCAGUCUUGAGUCCCAAGCCUGUGCUAGUUCCCGGUGAGCCUCUCUGAGUAAAGAACUAAUGAUGGCAUAUUAAGACAGACCUGUCUUGCAUUUUUACUUCAUAAAGAGUAAAGAUUUUAUAAACCACAAAACCAGCUUACUUAAAAUUUAUUGUUAUAGAACUGAAAUUAUGUCAGGCACUAAACUCUCACCACACAAAACACAGGGUGACUGAAGACAGUGACCUAGAAGAGCAGCUUACUUAAAACUUAUUAUUAUAGAACUGAAGUUAUAUCAGGCACUGAACUCUUAACCGUUCUCUCACUGCAUGAAACACAGGGUGACUGAAUAUAGUGACCCCCGUGGUUGAAGAGGGAAUACUGUGUGAUAACCUACAAGUGUGAGUCCUUUUAUCUGAACCUCCAUCGGUCAGACAUUCCACCACCAGUACAUUUACACUGUGCAUCCCAUUCAUGUAUUGCUGCCAGCCUGGACUGGACUGAAUCCCUGUGAAGUCAGCCACACAAGACCAUUAAGGAAAGCAUCACACAGGGGCCGUCUCCUUUAUAAAACUGACACUUGUAAGCACCAGGUUCCUUCUCUGCAGAUUUUACAAAGAAAUCAUUGUCAAAGGAAAUUCUCUCUGUCAUUGAAUUCAUUGACAUACCUAACCACUUUGUUCCAGAUGCUUAACUCAUUGAAAAUUUGGCAAGAUGAACCAUCAUGCCAAAAUCUUCACUGAAAUCACUAAUAUUACUUGUUGAAGAUUAUGACAAGUGGAACUGUCAUUUCAUUCAAUAGGGGGAUUUCAGCAACCAAAUCUGUGUUAAGGAACUUGCUGAAGAGGCAAGCUUUAUGAAAGAAAUGCUCCACGUGUGAUGGUGCCUUUACCACUUAAACAUGUCUUGAGGAUGUAACAUGUUGUACCAGAAUGCAAUUAAUGGUUUAUGUAAACUGGCUACCUAAUGUAGAUUGAAAUGAAACACUAUUAAAAUGAACUAUCCAAAAGGGCAUCA